UAAGAGAGAGAGCGACAAACGCAAAUACAAAUGGUAAUCGAGUCGGACGCCGAGCUCCCGCCAACAUGCAAAAAAUAACAAGUCUUAUAAUCCCCAAAUUCAGUUGACGACUUUCAUUAGGGUUUUGCUGGAUUCUCAGUGUUAACCCUCACCAUUCAUCUUCACAAAAUUCUCUCAUUCCCCUAAUUAUGGCUGAAGAUAAAGUGUCGUUGGAUUUGACGGAAGAAACUCUUCAGAGCAUGGAAGUCGGCAUGGCGUUUCGCGAUUAUAGUGGAAGAAUCAGUUCAAUGGACUUCCAUAGGACCUCAAGUUACUUGGUAACUGCUAGUGAUGAUGAAUCGAUCCGCUUGUAUGAUGUCGCCAAUGCCACAUGUUUGAAAACCAUCAAUAGCAAGAAGUAUGGAGUUGAACUUGUGUGCUUUACUUCUCAUCCUACAACAGUGAUCUACUCGUCAAAAAAUGGCUGGGAUGAGUCACUGCGGCUUCUCUCCUUGAACGACAACAAAUAUUUGCGAUAUUUCAAAGGUCAUCAUGAUAGGGUCGUAUCCCUAAGCUUGUGUGCUCGCAAUGAAUUCUUUAUAUCAGGUUCUCUGGACCGGACUGUUCUGCUAUGGGACCAACGGGCUGAGAAAUGUCAGGGUCUUCUACGUGUCCAGGGAAGGCCUGCAACAGCUUAUGACGAUCAAGGAUUAGUCUUUUCGAUUGCUUCUGGAGGAUAUAUAAGAUUGUUUGACACUCGCAAAUAUGAAAAGGGCCCUUUUGAAAUAUAUUCUGUUGGGGGAGACUUCUCUGAUGCCAAUGUAGUCAAAUUCAGCAAUGACGGGAGACUUAUGCUUUUAACAACAACCAAUGGAUUUAUUCAUGUGCUUGAUUCAUUCCGUGGUACCCUUUUAUGCUCAUUUAACGUAAAACCAGUAUCCACCAAUUCGACUUUGGAGGCCUCAUUUAGCCCCGAGGGAAUGUUUGUCAUAUCAGGUUCAGGGGAUGGCAGUGUAUAUGCAUGGAGUGUCCGCAGUGGCAAAGAGGUGGCAAGUUGGAUGAGUACCGAAAAGGAACCUCCUGUAAUAAAAUGGGCACCAGGAAACGUCAUGUUUGCCACUGGAUCCUCUGAGCUAUCUUUUUGGGUUCCUGAUUUGUCUAAACUGGGAACUUACGCUGGAAGAAAAUAGCAAUGAGACUAAUCAUGGAGGAAUUAUUGCGGGAAGAAAAUAGUCAUGAGACUACCCAUCAGAUGGUCAAAGUUAAGGAUUUAUGCUUAUUAGACAUGCAGCUUGUCUAGUCAACUAGAAAUGCAGCUUGCACCCUUCAAUCACGAUUUAUGAUGGAAUCUUUCCUUGUAGUGAGUCUGCUUCAACAACUUAUGUUCACAGCUCAUGAAUAAGACAAGUCAGAGUUAUUAUGGAUUGAAGCUUCUUGAGGAGAAGUGGUGAUACUUUGGCUGCAUGCUGCUGAACUCAUGUUACUGAAGAAAUGGUCAUUCAUCCAGGUACUAACGUCGAGAACUCUGUAUCAUAAUCUUAUCUGUCGAAGAGUUCUAUGUAACAUUAUAAAUAUACUCUUCUUUGAUGAACUAUAUAUUCAUGAUUUAGCUCAUUAAUUUUCACCCCUAAAUUGUAACAUAUUUAUAUGUACUUUAUAAAUCUCCCACGCAUUGGAGCUUUCUGUAACAUUGUGAGUAACUUGGACCUUAUGUUGACUGUUUGGAGGUGUUGUAACUUGAUAAAUUCGCACA